AUGGCCCAAAGUUUCCCGCAUCAUGCGGGCAUCGCUCCGGGUCAUCCUGGACUGCCUCCGGGCCAUCCCAUGGGAAUGCAACAUCCUGGCGCUGCUCAUAUGGGAGGUCAACCUGGUCCUGGUAUGAUGCAGGCCAUGCACCCAGGGGUGUCUGCUCCUCAAGUUACUCAAGGUCCAAUGGUUACUGGUAUGCCGCCCGGUGCUGGAACUCCGGCCCCAGGCCCGAUGCACAACGGCAUGGCCAUGGCCCAUAUGAACCCUCAGCAAGCCAUAUUUCAACAGCAUAACCCGCAGAUGAAUUAUAGCCAAGGGAUGAUGACGCCGCAACAGCAGCAAUUCAUGGCUCGCCAGCGCAUGAUGCAGCAGAUGUCGCAAGCUCAAGCACAAGGCAUGCCCAUGGGGAUGCCAAAUGCGCCCGGCUUUAAUCAGGCACAGUUGGCGCAAAUGAAGAUGGGCAUGGGCAUGCACCCGCAGAUGCAGAUGAACCCCAACCAUCCCCAGAUGCAGACCUUGCAGCAACAUCAACACAACCAGCAGCAGUUGAUCCGAGCGCAGCAGGCCCAAGCCCAGGCGCAACAGCAUGCGGCGCAAAUGGCAGCCGUUGCUCAGAACCAGAGGGCGGUGGCUCAACAGAUGCAAAUGUCACGGUCGCAGGAACAAACCACUCAACCUCCACAAUCGCAACCCACGCCCGCUCCACAGACACAACCUCCUCAGCAACCUCCUCCGACCUCCCAACCCCAGGCUCAGCCAGCGCAACCCAAACCCCAACCGCCACAGCCACAACCCGCAAAUAACCAACAACAAAGCCAGCCGGCCAACCAACCAGUUAAGACGACGGAACCAGAAGAGGAGCCUCGCGGGAUGAAGCAACAGCAAGAAGCGGCCGCCAACAUGAUCCUGUCUGAACUACCGAAACAAGACAUGAUCGGUGGCCAAUGCAUUCUGAAGCUGAUCGAGUACCAGGAUCUUCUCGCGCACCCGGAGCGACCAAAUGAUUUGGACUACUGGGAAGCAUUGAUUACCAGGUUCUUUUCACCGAUCGGGUCGUUGAGGCAGCAGUUUUUCAACAACAAAUCUGGCGGUGACAAAUCCUUCCAGCUCCAGUUUCCUUCCUUGGCCCGCUACUACCACUCCUAUUUUGCGAGCGGGGUCAAGCAAAUCCUGUUACAGUCUUUCGAACAUACCCAAACCAAGACAGCCAACGGCGGAGUCCAUAUCACGAGUAGCAGUGCGAGUCUUACUUAUGUUUUUGGCAAUGAUAUCCGAGUAACAACGAACGGACAGUUGCGCGUCCUUUUCGAUGACGUGCAAACUAUUGAGCACCUGAACAUCAGCUCGACCGGAUGGCAAGAGUACAUUCCACGAAAUGUGUUGCUACAGCCUACAUCGCCGGAGAUGAAGCAGAGCCCCAAAAUUACGAACAAGAACGUCAAACGAACGCAAGGCAAGGCAAAUGUACCAGGAGCAGGGCCCGUCAUACCCAGCUCGGGUGUUAGUGAAUGGGGUGUCCCCCAGCACAUCUCUCAGUUCUUAGAGAUUGCCGAGGUCAUGACAGCCAUGGGCCCACUCAUGGAAUAUUACCAGCAACAUCCGGGAAUCUCUCCCAAAGACACGUUACUGCGAGUCACGCAAGAGAAUGCCCAGAACAUGGCCCAGGCUAACAACACGCGUUUGAACCAGAUGGCAAGGGCAGCCAAUGGCCAAGUGAUGUUUCCCAAUCAAAUGAACCCUGGUAUGAGCGGCCCAAAUAUGAUGAACUCCCCUGCAAUGGGGCACCUUAACGUUCCUCAAGCCCAAGGGUCGCCAAUGAUGGGAGGCCCGGUGCAUACCCCCAGUCCUGCACAGAAUCCCACCGCCGGAGGUGUGGCCAUGAUGCACCAGAUGAGCGCUCAAGGGUCAAAUCUCAGCGGCAGUCAAGGCCCAAGUACGAACACUAGUCCGAACGUUUCCAACAAGAGGCGACGUGCGAGUGUCGUCAAGUUAGAGGAAGAAAAUGCGCAGGGGGAGGUGAAUGGAGCCAACAAAGUCAAGCCAAGUCCGAAGCUUGGCAAGAGGCAAAAGGGAUCUGCAUGA